CAUUUGGAUAUUUUGACAGCACUAAAUCAGAAUCACGUUGUACGGGCGUAAAACUUGGAUUUACAUUAUUUAAAUACUUGUUGACAUUGCACACUCAUUCAUUAGUGAAACACGAAGUUUAGUCCAGCCAUUUAUCAGUUAAAACAGUCAUGUCGUGGUUAUUGGGCAGAAAUCGUCAGCAACCGCAGCCGGAUCCUUCUGCUGGCGGCGUAGAUGGAGCCGAUCCCGAGGGUAAAACUGCCGGUGGGCGGACCGGCGAUGCAGAGCUAACACGUGCCGAGCGCAAGGCCAUGGAGGCCUACCGCUUUGAUUCAUCGGCACUGGAGCGGGCCGCAGAUGCCGCCAAGACCCUAGAACGUUCAAAACAUGCUCGCGAGGCUUUGGAGUUGUCCAAGAUGCAGGAGUCCACCCGCCAGGCGGAGUACAGCACCAAGGUGAAGGAGUAUGAGGCGCACAUCGAGCAAGCCAAGGUCGAGCAGCGCCGCAUUGAUCACGAGGAGCGACGCAAGACCCUGAUUGAAGAGACAAAACAACAACAGCAGCGAGCCCAGUAUCAGGAUCAGUUGUCACGCAAGCGGUACGAGGACCAGCUGGUCCAACAGCAGCGCGUUCAGGAGGACAAUCUUCGCAAGCAAGAGGAGAGCGUACAGCGGCAGGAGGCCAUGCGCCGUCAGACCAUCGAGCAUGAGAUCGAGAUGAAGGAGAAGAAUCGCUUGAAGCUGCUGGAGCACGAGCUGAGGGCCAAGGCGCGCGUGGACCGUGAGAAUCGCGAUCUGAACUUGGAGAAGAUUCGUCUGAAGGCGCAGGAGCAUCGAACCACUGUGAUGGAAGGCAUCAAAACGGCGGGAUCCGUGAUUGGAGCUGGAGCUGAGGCCAUGCUCACCGAUUGGGACAAGGUGUUGACUGCCGCUGGCGGCCUGUCGCUGCUUGCCCUGGGUGUGUACACGGCGAAGGGUGCCACCGGCGUUGUUUCCCGCUACGUGGAGGCGCGCAUCGGCAAACCAUCGCUGGUGGGCGAGACCUCGCGCUUUGCCUUUCUCGAUGCCGUUAAGCAUCCGUUGAACUACAUCAAGCGACUGCGCUCCAAGCCAGCCGAUGCACUCCAGGGCGUUGUUCUCAAUCCGAGCCUUGAGGAACGUCUUCGCGACAUUGCCAUUGCCACAAAGAACACACGCAUCAAUCGUGGCCUCUACAGGAAUGUGCUGAUGCACGGCCCGCCUGGUACCGGCAAGACCAUGUUUGCCAAAAAGUUGGCCGAGCACUCUGGCAUGGACUUUGCCAUCAUGACCGGCGGCGAUGUAGCGCCCAUGGGCAAGGAAGGCGUCACAGCCAUACACAAAGUGUUUGAUUGGUCGCACGCCUCGCGCCGCGGUCUGUUGCUGUUUGUGGAUGAGGCCGAUGCCUUCCUGAGGAAGCGUUCGUCGGAGAAGAUAUCGGAGGAUUUGCGGGCCGCUCUGAACGCCUUCCUGUACAGAACAUCCGAGCAGAAUCCCAAAUUCAUGCUCGUUCUGGCCUCGAAUACACCCGAACAGUUCGAUUAUGCCAUCAACGAUCGUCUGGACGAGAUGGUGGAGUUCACGCUGCCCGGCCUGGAGGAGCGUGAGCGUUUGUUGCGUCUCUACUUUGACAAAUAUGUGCUCCAGCCGGCCGCAUCUGGCGCCAGGCGCUUCAAGUUGGACACUUUCGACUAUGGCAAGACUUGCUCAAAGAUGGCUGUGCUGUGCAACGGAAUGUCUGGACGUGAGAUCUCCAAACUGGGCGUUUCCUGGCAAGCAGCCGUCUACGCCUCCGAGGACGGCGUCCUGUCGGAGAAAAUGGUUCUGGACAGAUGCUAUUCGGCCGCCGAGCAGCACAAGCAAAAGAUGGCUUGGUUGUCGGAUCAGGAGCGAGCCGACCAUAAAUCGAUUACGGGCGGAACUAUAGCCCCACCCCUAACACUCACAGCCAACAAAUUGUGAGCUGGUGGUGAUCAUGGAGCACCUGGAGGAUAGUAGGCAGCGGCUGCCAGACAAACUCCAUUGACUCACAUGUUUAGUUUUUAAAUGUCCUAACUUUAAGUUGGUAACGCACAGGGCUUUUUCUGAUUAAUGGAUACCAAAACAACAGCUGAGAUCAACCUACUAUGUGUAUAUUUAUUUACGUAUAUGCAUUUGACUUAUUGUACAAACAAAAUCCAUGAUAGACUAUCGCGUGUUCAUCAAUGCAAUUAAGUUUUACCUACUGAUAAUUGUAUCACUAACGCUAUAGUAACUCUCAAUAGUAUGUACAAAAAGAGCUGCAUUUUCGGCACCUGUUGUUGCAUUUAGUAAGACGAAGCUUUGGAUGUAUAUUUUAAAUUUUAAAUUAAAUUGCCGCGCCGGCACUGUGAGAGAUUUAUAUUAAACUUCUCGCCGGCGUUGGCCAUUCA